AUGACGAAGACCGUCGAACCAAAGAUCGAGCAAAGGGCAAUCAUCGAAGAUCGGAUGCACCUACUGCAUCUUCUCCUUCUGCACCUCAGGUGGGCGCCUUUAGUCGCGGCGGGUGCCACUGGCGACACUUCUCUCAAGGAUCCUAGCAAGACCAAAGGGCGUCCUCAUAGUAUCAAGGGUGAUGGCGAUGCCAAGGAUCGAGCUAGACGUUCAAGAGACCCUGCUGCAGCAAAACCAGGCGUGGAAAGGUUGACUUCUUCAUCGCAUGGUCUCCGUUCCAAGGCGGACAGAACAUCCAAGAAAUCUCGGCAAUAUGAUGAAAGUGAGAAAAAUGCCAAGCGCAUAUCCAAGAACAAAGAAUUUGGGACUAAAGAAGAACAAGUGGAUCUACAAGCACCUGUCGCGCAAGGCAUCGCUGUGGAUGAAGAAGCGGAAGAGAACGAGCGAUUCCUGAAACAGGAAGAAGCCAACCAAAGGAUGCAACAACAGCUCGAGGA